CAACCAUCCCUCUCCUUUUACAUCACAACAUAUAUAAACAUUUAAAUUAUUUAUACACUAUAUUAUCGAGAAAUACAACAAUGGAGACUAAGAAUACUAAAGUUUCUGCUCUUCUAUUGGUUUUUGGGCUAAUAUUGAUGCUAGGAGUCGGAAACAUGAAAAAGGUGGAUGCUCAAAGUGAUGAUGAUGAGAAAAUAUGUCCUCAGUUUUGCUAUGAUAAUUUGGAUUAUAUGACUUGCCCUUCAACAGGAGAUCAAAAGCUUACUCCUUCUUGUAAUUGUUGCUUGGCACCAACUGAUGGUUGCGUCCUUUACUUUAACAAUGGAGAUGCACCCAUUGUUUGCUAACUAAGCUCAGCUUGGCCUUGAAUAAUGAAAUAAUCAUAUGGAUUAUCAAGUCUUAAUUGCUUUUAUUAUUUUGUAAUAAUUAUAAUUAUAAUAAUGAUCAUAGCUAAAAUGAUCGAAGUUAUGUACGUUCGUUCAUGCAUUGUACUUGUUUCCUUAUUACAUCGUAAUGCUUGUAUGCUAACCGUAUUGUUGUACGGCUUGUACCAUUAAUGAAUAAGUAAUUAUUUGAAAAAUA